CAGGCUAAAAGAUGGCCUAAUUUAAUCUCUGUCUCCGUCUCUUGCUGCUGCCGCUGCUGCCUGAGUGUUAAUUGCAAGUGACGUUAAGCUUUUCGCUGCAUUUCUUCUCUAUACAAGAUUGUUUGAAACAGUUAAGAUUGCAAACUAAUGGCGUAUGUUCAACAGGGCAGAAAUGCCUUGCGCCAUAUUAUUAUUAAAGAAGCUAAUCUAAGAAGCACCUCCUCCCAAUCCCAUGCUGCUAUACAUCCUCUGCACUUUGCUUCUCAAGGUGUUCGAUUCCGAAAGUUAGAUGUUAUUCUCACAACUAACAUAGAGAAGCUUGGGAAAGCUGGUGAGACCGUGAAGGUUGCUCCUGGGUAUUUUCGCAACCACCUCAUGCCCAAAUUGCUUGCUGUCCCUAAUAUUGAUAAGUUUGCUUACCUCAUCAGAGAGCAGCGCAAGAUUUAUCAACAUGAGGAAGAAGAGGAGGUUAGAGUAGCUAAAGAAACUGUAGAAGAUAUGAUGAAAGAAUAUGAGACAGCAGUAAAGCGCUUAAGUAAUGCACAGCUGACAAUUAGGACAGGGAUCAACUCCCAGAAAUUUCGUGCUCGUGCAACAAAAGAUGAACCCAUAGAAAUUCUUUCACCGAUAACAACGGAUGAUAUCGUGAAGGAGGUGGCAAGACAGCUGAAUGUGCUAAUCGAGCCAGAUAAUCUACAUCUUCCGGCCCCUUUGACCACGUUUGGGGAGCAUUAUGUGCAACUACGCUUUCCAAAGUCUAUCCCGUUGCCCGAGGGAAAGGUUAGCUGGACACUUAAAAUUAAAAUCCGAGGUAAAUAAUUCAACAGAACUAGAUAUUAGCAAGUUCUUGAUGCAGAAUAUUAUUGAAAGUUAUUUUAGCAGUAGCCUAGUGCUUCAAACUCCUGGCAUUUAGAUGUAGCCAUGAAAUAUUAGUUUCUCAGUGUUCUGAUAUCUCCAGACUUGUCUUUCAAUAAUCAAUUCUAGUGGAGAUUUAUCGGGAAUUAAUUUCUAGGGCAUAUCUCCUUUCAUACUCUACAAUUUCUUUUAGUGAUGAUUUUCACUUGCA